AUGGCCGAGCCGGGGCCAGAGCCGGGACGCGCGUGGCGGGCGCUGGCCGUGUGCGCGACCGCGGUGUUCCUGGCUGCCGCUGCAGCCGGGGGGGCCCUGCUGGCGUGGAACGUGGCGGCCGCCACCGCCCGGGGCUCUCGCUGCCCGGAGCCCGCGCCCGCGCCCACCGACAACGCCACCGCGACACCCGGGGUCCCGGCGUCCGAAGUCGAAGAGCUGCGGCGGCGACUGGCCGAGGCGGUCCAGGACGGGGCGGUCCUGGCGCGGCGGCUGGAGCAGGCGCACGGGGCGCGCCGGGAGCUGGAGGGGGCGCUCAAGGCCUGCGAGGACCGCCAGAGCCUUCUCGAGAGCCAGCUGGCCACACUCAAGGCCGAGAUGGACGAGGCCAAGGCACAGGGGACCCAGAUGGGAGCCGAGAACGGGGAGCUGACAGAGGCCGUGGCACGCUGGAAGGCGGCGGCCACCGAGUCCGCGCGGCGCCUGGACGAGGCUCAGAGACGCACGCGUGCAGCUGAGGCCGAGGGCGGAGCCUGUGCGGUCCGGGAGGCGGCGCUGCGCCAGCGCGUGGACGCCCUGGAAACCGAGCUGGACCCUGAGCGCAGACAGUCCCACUCGCGGCCCGGUUCCGGGGCGCGCCUCUGCCCCCGGACCCGGCCCAACCCCCGGACCCGUCCCAGCUCGUGCUCGCGCUCCAGCUCCAGAACCUCGAGGGGCUGCCGGCGGCCUCAGCGCACCCACCGGUGA